CUAUGAACCUAACAUGCAUGCUCUGUACAAAACAAUUCUGCUAUCUGUGCUAUGAACAUGCAAAACAUCCCAAAGAUCAAUCCCUCGGAACUGCUUUCACGGGCUCAUUUCUUCCUCGUUGUUCUUGUUGUCUUUCUCUCCCUCAAAGCUAUUACAAUGUGUAUUACUCCAUCUUGCAUACAGAAUCGCCUUCAAGCUGUACUCCGGCUCGAACUCGGUGCUAUUAUGUCUGUCCUCUGUUCAUUGUUUGUCCUUGGCGUAAAACUUUACCCAGGUUCAGACAUUCAUCAAGCCUACGAGCUAGUGGGUCGGAGCGCAAGGACAGACUUUGAGCCUCUGCUGUGUGGUUUUGGACUACUGGGCACUUACUAGAGGGAGCUAAGCUGUGGCGUGUCAUGUUUGUGACGAGAACAAGAGAUGAUUUCAUGAGCUGUCACCAAGUGGCUUGCAUAAUGAGCGAUUUACCACUCUUUAGCACUAUCAAAAGCUUGUAUCGAUUGCUCAAGCAUCCAUGACAAACUGAUAAUGCAAGAAAUAUGCACGAUAUCAGCACUAGAACAUAUGUUCCCGCCUUCCAGAAGCUUUUCUUCCUAAGUUUCCCGUCAUCGAAUGCAACGCUGCAGAAACAGAUGUCGAUAUCGAUCUCAAGAAAGUAUGAGAUCGGCAAUUGACAAGGAUCCUCCACUUCCCGACAGUCCUUCUAGAAGCACGCUAGAAGAAUAAUCGAAGCAACUUAGCUCAUAAUUUCAGCGAAGGUGGAGCGCGGAGAAGGGGGAUUGGUCUUCUUGGGAAUCU